GGAGGAGGAGGACGAGGAGGAGGAGGAAGAGCAGGAGAGGUUGCUCACGGAUGAGGAUGAGUGAAAGCUGCUGCUAUCUCUGCCCGUGGCACGCCCCCCUUCCUGGCGCUAGCACUGCCGACCCCGCUCCGCCUCGUCACUCUCUCUUCUGCGUUCCCCCGUGUCACCCAUCUCUCACCAAGAUCUUCUUUCAUCAACGACCCCUCAUCACUCUACCCUAAUCAUUCAUGCGUCACCUCCCCCAUCAUGCCAGCACG